AGCACAGACAACACACUACACAUUCAUUAUAAAACUCUCGCUUAUCCCGUGUGAUAAUAUUUCUCGGAAGAGCUCUGGUAUAUUCGACCUCUUCGUUUGUUUCUUCUUGUGUGUGUGUUGUUUUUUUUUUGUACCCAACAAAAGUAUUAUCUUGUGUGUAGACGAUAAGAUUAUUGAAGUUUGUGACUUGGGCGUCUUAGGGAUGUUUACCAACAAGCUGUUUUACUGUACCACUGGGGCAUUUAGAAAUAAAGACUACAGAUAUGGAGUUUAUAAUCUAGGACUAGGCAUAAUCUGAAGCUCACAGAAGGAUGUCAGCUGGUCUACGUGUGGUCAGAGGUCCCAACUGGGUCUACGGAAACGAUGAUGGAGGUGAAGGUCACGUCGGCACAGUGAUAGAAGUCCACGAUGGUCACCAACGAGCCACUGUGCUGUGGGACAACGGAUCUGAACAUGUCUAUAGAAUUGGUCUGGACAACGCCUUUGAUCUCCGCGUUUUCGAUUCAGCUCAAUCAGACAUUCAACAUUUCUCUGUGACUUGCGAUGAAUGUCGUGAGAUGCCAAUCAAAGGACUGCGUUGGAAGUGUGCUGUGUGUCCAGACUUCGAUCUCUGUUCUGCCUGCUACAACCAAGACCAACACGACACGUCACAUCCUUUUGUGCGCUAUGACUUUUAUACAGAUACGAAUAAAAUUGGUAUUGUCAAAGUAAAUGCAAGAGCCAUUAGUCAGAGAGAAAAGAUCAAAGCAAUGGGAAUAUUUCCAAACGCAAAGGUGAUUCGAGGCAAGCAUUGGACUUGGGGUGAUCAAGACGGUGGCCCUGGACAGACAGGUUUGCUUCAAAACCUAAAAGAUUAUAAGUCAUGUUUUCAUUCCAUCGUUGAAGUCACGUGGUCGAGUGGCUCCUGUAAUGAAUACAGACUUGGCUACUGUGGUCAAGUUGACCUGAAAUGUGUCGAGGCAGCACCUGGUGGAUAUUAUUAUAGAAAUCACUUGCCUGUCUUUGGUCAAUGUAAAAUAAGCCCAAGAAAGUUCCAAGAGGGCGACUUCGUCAGGUGUGUCUUUGGUGUUGACAAAUUAAAAGAACUUAAUAAAGAUCAUGGCGGAUGGAUUAAAAGUAUGACCGAGUGUAGGCCUACAAAAGAAACAGGCGUUGUGGCUGAUCUUUGUUAUGACUGGGUGAGGGUCAAGUACGCUACGUCUCAGGAUCGUUGUUUUAAUCAAGAUGUACUUGACAAAGUACCAAGUGAUGAAGACACGGUGACCAUAACACCUGGCCUUAGAGUUGUGCGAGGUCCAGACUGGACCUGGGGGGACCAAGAUGGCGGUAAAGGACAUGUUGGGACAGUUGUUGAAAAUAUCAAGCCAGACGAUGAAUGGAUCUCUGUCAUCUGGGACAAUGGUUCUGAAAAUACUUACAGAGCUGGCUUGGAGUCUGCUUUUGACCUCCGUGUUCUGGACAGUGCCCAGUGUGGUACCAAACAUGAACGCAUUCAAUGCGACUCCUGCCAGGUGUCCCCUAUCAAAGGUAUUCGCUGGAAGUGUGCGUUGUGUUUUAACUUUGAUCUCUGUUCUGGCUGUUACCAUGGUAACAAACACGAUUUGACUCAUCCGUUUUGGAGAUAUGACAAUCAUACGAGCAACAGGUAUCAAGUUCCAAGCCGUAUCAACUCAUGUCAAACUGAGUGUAAAGGGAUAUUCAAAGGGGCCAAAGUUGUUCGUGGGAAACAUUGGCAGUGUCAGGAUGAAGAUGGUACAGUGGAUGCUGAGAGUCUUGACCAAGACCAGGACUGGAUCUCUGUCACCUGGGACAACAGUUCGGAUAACACGUACAGGGCGAAAAAUGAGUCUAGCAAUAAACAGUCAACGAUAAACAUAGGACGAAGUGGGGUUAAACAUGAUGGAGUUAUGUGUGACUGGUGCAAGGUGUGCCCUAUAAAAGGUAUUCGAUGGAAGUGUGCACUGUGCUUCAACUUUGACCUCUGCUCUGCCUGUUACCACGGUAACAAACACGACUCGACGCAUUCAUUUUGGAGAUAUGACAACGCCCAAAACAAAAGAUUUCAAAUACCAUGGCGUGAUAAAGAGACAUUUAAGGACCCUAUCUACGUCCCAGGCAAGCAAAGUGAGGAAGGUGGUGCAGAAGAAGUGACUCUAGCUUGUGGAACUGUGCUUACAAUAAAACCCUGGGAUGACGACACGUCGAACAGUGCAGCUACAGUGAAGUGGGAAAAUGGAAUUACAAAUACGUAUCGUAUUGGCUGGCAUGGAAAGGUUGAUUUAAAGUUCAAAACUGCAGCAUCUGUUGGUCAUUUCUACAUAUCACAUCUGCCAAUAUUAGGUAAAAUGGAGGUGACGCCGUGUCAGUUCGAACUGGGGGAUGCUGUCACUUGUAGAUAUGACACAAGGCAAGUGACAGUCUUACAAGUGAACCAUGGAGGCUGGAAUCCACAAAUGUCUCAGUACUUACAACAAAAUGGUAAGGUGCUUGAAAUCGAUGGUGACAGUGAUGUUUUAGUUGAAUACUUUGAUGGUGCAGCCUGGAGGUUUAACCCUGAUGCUCUCUGUAGGUCCAAAGAUUUGAAGAAUUUUACCCGCAGCCCAAUGGAUUCAAAUGCUGUGAGCACUGUUUUAGAGCUGGGAUUGGAUGAAGAUCUCGUUCAAAAAGUUGUAUGGAGAGACUUCUUCAACUCUAAAACUUGCUUUACAGACACUGAACUAUUGCUGAAUACCAUAUUAGACGAGCCGAACACGCAAAAUACACAUCUAGCAACUGAUACUCUUAAUGUAGGAACAGAUACUGACUCAGAGGAUGAUAGUUACACUUCUUCUGGUAAUGAUCGUGAUAGUACCACAUUCAGUGAGUUAGAAAGGGAGACAAAUCCAACUCCUAAUCUUACGAGCUCAACUCUUGUUGCAGCUAAGGAAUCUGCUGCAACUGUUGAGAACGAUCAAACUCUGGCUGAGAAAUACCGCCAACUGAUGGAAGAGCGCCAGUGCAAGAUCUGCAUGGAAGCUGAAGCCAGAAUGACCUUUGUGCCCUGUGGGCAUCUGGUCAGCUGUGAGGACUGUUCCUCCCAGUUAAAACAAUGCCCCAUGUGUCGGUCAGACAUCGAAAAGGUUGUGAAAACAUUUCUGUUAUAAAAUGCAGCGUAAAAUUUGUUUUCAUUAAGCUACGUUUAUAUUUCUGGAGCAGUAUAAGGGAGUUAGCAUCAAACUGUGAGUCAAGUUUUAGAGACUCAAAGCAAAGCAUCCCUUUUAGGCUAUGGGGCGCAUGUAAAAGCCUUCUGUUUCUGUGUUCCAUGGUUAAAGAAGGUGUCUUGUGGCCACCACAACGACCAACUGCCUUUACUUUUCCAGAACUGCUGUCAGGUACCCAAGGGUGUGUCCUAAACGGAAUGAAAUUCAAAAUCACUGAAGCCUGAGAUUCAAUCAGUUCAGAAAUCAAGUGCGCUACCACUCUGCCACCACACCGCUUGAGGUUCUAAACCUCCAUUGAAGUUCUAAAUUUCCCUUGAGAUUCUAAACCUCCCUUGUGGUUCUAAGCCUUCCUUGAGGUUUUAUGCCUCCCUUGAGGUUCUAAACCUCCUUUGAGGUUUUAAGCAUUCCUGGAGGCUCUAAACCUCCCUUGAGUUCUAAGCCUUCCUUCUGAAGGCACUGAAUGGAAACCUUGCAAUGGGGCAAAGUGCUGUAUCUUUAUUUUAAAGGAUUGAUGAAGCGAAAAAUAUUUGCACACGUUAAUUUAUGCUUGUAUAUUAUGUUUUAUUAUGUUUACACGUUUAUUUAUUAAUAACAGAUGUAUUAUUGUAAGUUAUAUUUUAUUAUGUAGGUACAUGUACAAAUGUGUAUCAUUAUUCAAUACACACUUACCUUAACACUUGUCUGAGCCUGCUAUGUUUAAAAAUGUAGUUAAUAAUAUUAAUAAUAAAAGAAAAGUAUUUUUUGUAA